AAAUUAAACCGACUUAGUGGUUAACCCCACCCGAGCUCAGGCCACUAUUCUGGGGUUUCUGAACCGUUUUCUUUUCUUUUUUUUUUCUCUCGAUUCGUUCGAUCGAGUGCUUUGCUUCUUACGAUCUUUGAACAAUUUUUCGAAAGAAUUCCUCGAUCACUCGGGCGUCGAUUCAUCCAAUCGUGACACUCGACUUUCUCGACUCCGCAAAUAUGGCAAGCGCACCCACAGAAAAUGAACAGGCCCCUCCCGUCGCCUCGCAGAACGAGGAAGAGGCCAUCAUGCCUUCGGAACCUAAGAUGCCGACACGGAAAGACACUUCGCUGAAAGAAUUCUUAACCAAGAUGGACGACUACGCACCUAUCAUCCCUGAUGCCGUAACCAACUACUACAUGACAAAAUCCGGUCUUCCCCCGCCACCCCACACCGACCCGCGCCUCGCGCGCCUCAUCGCUCUUGCGGUCCAGAAGUUCGUCGCCGAUAUCGCCGCCGACGCCUACCAAUACAGCCGCAUCCGCGCGUCCAACACCAGCGCGAACAACCCGAUGGGCAACCUCGGUGCCGCCGCAGGACUCCAGAUUCCGGGCCAAGCGCAAGCCAACGCCAAAGAUCAAGGACGUGGCGGGCCGCUGGGUAUUCAGAGAGCGGGUUACGGCGGCGGCGGCCAGGGCGGUAGCCAGAACCGUACGGUCCUUACCAUGGAGGAUCUGGGUAUGGCCGUCGGCGAAUACGGCGUCAACGUCAAGCGAAGCGAGUUCUACCGUUAAACAUCGAGCUAUGUUUGAAGCUUAUUAAUCAACAUGAAUAUCCGCCAAUUUCAUCCCGCUUAGGCGUCCAUAAGCUUCUGCCGGUCCUCUCAUCACAACGGGCGCGAGGAAAUACGUCAUCGGCAGAACCUGAAGCCAUACCUGGAUAUUCACAAAGAAACUUUUGACGUUGUACUACACAAGCCGCUGGCCUUGCUAUAUUUCUAUUUUUCACGGGACAGCAACAGAAUCCACGAAGGCCUACACAUAAGGAACGGAAGGUGACAUUCAGGGAAAAAGGUGUUUGGCGUUUAGGAAUAGGCUUUUCUUUUCUUUUCUUUCUUUUUUCUUCAGAACCC